AUGGUCUCCAACAAGCAAGCCACGCCAAGAAAUACCAUGAAAGAUCAAUCCUCUCACAGAAUUUUAAAAAACAAGAGUUAUUACAUGAAACGAAAGCCAAUCGUCAGGCUCUCAUCUGCUCAGGUUGGUGCAGUCCCUCAGCAACCACAAGAUACAUCACAUGCUUCGCUAACACCCUCCACUCCAGCAUCAAAGGAGGUGCAACAACAAGAUACAUCACAUACUUCACAAAGCCAUGAGAGUCAACAUGAUGUUGUUGUAAAUUCUCCCAAUCAUUCCGAAGAAGAAGAUGUUCACUUGGAUUUCACUCCAAAAACAUCCAAUCCUUUUUCUGUCAAUUACAAAUCGACGCCAGAGAACACUCCUGAUACAUCUACACUGAUGGAAACUACUCUUACCGAUGCAGGUAUGAAGGACAGUGUCACUCACUAUGAGGGCAACACCACCGAUGAACAAUUGUUAUUAACAACAACAUGUGACAAUUGUUGUGCAGUGUCAAUGGAAACCAUCGAACAAGUUGAACCUCAAGAGACAAAUUCUUUUGAAAUUUCCAUCCAAGAAUUCGACGCCACGGAAAGCACCCAUAUGCAAGACAUUUCUGAUGAUAUUAUCGACAAUGAUUUCUAUUCAACUAAAUCAAAUCCAACUCAAGGCCCCAUCAUUCAAAAAUCGCUCAUUGAGGAAAUGCGUGCUACUGCCCAAGAGCUCAGUGAAUACAAGCAACAAAAAAAAGUAGAAAAAGAAUUAUGUGACCAAACACUUCUGAAAAUGGGUCUCGAUGUUAACAUUCCCAUGCAUGAACAUGUCAGAAAUGGUGAAGAACGAAUUUCCAAGUCGCAUAAAUUCGUCGAUAAGGACAACAAGGGACUCAUGUACGUCCUUCAUGAUGAAAACGAAACGGUCCAAUGGGAGAUUGUGCAGCCACAUGAAGGAACACAUAUUCAAAGAAUGCUUGUUCGAUUCGAAAUCAUCGUCACGUGUGGCUCUUCUGACCAUUCGUUCACGAAUAAGGUUCCAUCCAGACUCCAUUCUGGUAUGACCUACAACUUCAGAUAUUUGUUGAGAGUGAGGAAAGGACUGAUGGACAUGGCACCUUGCUGUGUCUUAACGAUGCAAUCGUCAGAGAUUAAGCGAUUACCCUUUCAUACCAUUCUCCAUAACCCCACAGGAAGAGAAUGCAUCAUGGAUCAGAAUGAAAUGGUUUUUGAAGGACAUCAAAAAGUAACCAUUGAAUGGAACGAAUAUUGUCAAAAUGGAGAAAAGUGUCAACUACAAUUGAAAGUGUAUCAUGACAAGAAUGCUCUUGAAUCUAAAACCGAGAGAAUACACGCCAUGACCAGCCUCUCUUGCUUUGUACAACUAAGUAACGAUCUGGAACUUGCCACUCCACACAUGAAUUACGACAAGUUUUUAACUGAACUUGCAAAACAAUCGCUUUUCAAAGAAGUAUCAAGAUUCAAUAUUUUCAAUCUCCAAAAUUUGGAAAUUCGAAGAGAAUUGGUGAACGAGUCCAUCUCGUUGAACGAAAUUGAACAAGAAUUGCAACAAGCACCUCACUCAUUGCACAAGUAUAAUUUACUGGCCUCAAAAUAUCGUUAUGUAUUAUCACCGCCAUGUUCUUUUGAAUCAUUGGAUUGUGAAACAGACUUGGAAGAGUUAAGACAUUGUUUCGAGUGUCUUGGUGUCGAUGUGUAUGAUUACAACUCUCGAAAUACGUGUGAAAAGAAUAUGAUCAUUCCAUUAUGUCCCGAGGAAGUGUUGCUCAUGUAUCAAGCUGUUGCCAAACAUCGUUCAAGACAAACUACUUUUCUUUAUGCAAAGCUCCUUUCCAGUGUUAAACUUUCCAACCUCAAUGAUCAUCAACGAGAAUAUUUAGCAUUAUUAUAUUGCAUGCUCUCCAUUUCAACAUUUGUCAAUCCACAAGUCACCACUCUUGUCAGCCCAUUUGAAAGACUCCCUGAUCAGAAACAAGUCAAGAAAACUCGAAUGCUAGUGAGCACAGACGAACACGAUAGUACAGUAGAGCUACGACACAUGCUCUACCAACAAACGGAAGAUUAUUUUCCACAGUGUUUGAACUUGAGUGCAGAUAGUAACUUUUUCGAGCAAGUGUUUCAAUCGCUAAGCUUGGAAUCCUCCCAAAGGAUUAUGCAAAAUCUUCUUGCACGAUUUAACUUUGAUCCAGUGGAAUGGAACAGUUCCAUGUCCAUGACAAGUUUAAUUGAAUUCUUUCCUCCUCUCAUGACAAACUUUAUCAGGAGUGGAGUGUUCAAUAGUCGACCUCUUGCCAUUCGAUGCUUCUUUGGAAAAUUCUGCACUCUUCUAUUGUGUAAACUUAGUGGCAGAGAAACAGACGAUUUACAACAGAGAGUUCAUUCCUUUGAUAUGAACAACUUGCUUGACACAACAAUAGUUGUGAAUCGUAUUUGUGAUAUUGUGGCAAGAACAUUGGAUUCUCUGUACCAAUUCAUGCAAAAAGAAAAGAUUUCGUUUGAGGAUCUCUAUUUCCUCAACAGCGCUCUUACCUUAAUUCGUCAAGUCUGUUAUUUUUACCAACUACUGAUCAAUGAAACAAGUGUGAAUGAGGACGAGAAACGAGUGACAGCAGCUUUUGAGAAACUUGAUAAAUUCGUAUGGUCAAAACUAGGUGGUGCCGAUGGUGUGUCAACAAAAGUAUUUGAAAUAUUACCACUUCGAGUGGCAUUAGGAAUUAAGAGCGUCCACUCUGAUAUUUCACGUUGA